AUGAACCAGCCAUCCAGCCAGAUAUUGAGGGGCGGUCUGCUCUGCCUCAAUUCAUCACCAAGCAUCAAAGGCUUUGACACUGCUACAGGCAAGCCUUUUCUUAUCCCUGCCCAGCGAGCAAAUCUCCUCAAACUUUACGGGCACGCCAGGGCAGCCGAUACGAGUGGGCUCCAACUGACAGCAAUCCACCGGGGCUCGACCGCUCGACAGUCGGAGACUCCCGCUCAACCUCAUUCACUUUCCAUCUCCAACGCCCAAGCGAGGGUCCUGGAUAUUGCUGAUGGGGGCCGCAACGUCGAGGCCGCACCGAAUGCAACGGGGACAAACAACGAGUUUCCUCGUUGCAUUCGAGAAACGGUCUCCGCAGAGCGACACGCAGGUGUCAUUGCUCAUGUGACGAGUUCCGGCCAGGAUGCUACAUAUAGAGUUUGCACGUUUUGGGUGGGUGUUUGGGCGUCAAUCCUGCCACUUGUCUAUGGAUACGGAUAUGCCCAUUGCCCCCGUCCUCCACUUUCCAGAUUGAAGGGAGCUUUUGAAAAGGGCCGUACUGGGUCUCCCAGCCCUGCCAGACUCCUCCUAUCUUUGACACGUCCGGAAGGAUAUGCAAUAGAGGCGCCCCUGGCUAAGGACGAAUUGCUCAAGAACAAUGGACAAGGAUCAGGUGUAUCAGCUUCCACCUCACUCUCGCUGGCUUUGAUAUUCAACGUGGCUUACCGUCAAUUACUGAAGAGCACGGGGCCGAAAUGGAACAACAUCCCGCUCCGCCAGCGGCAUCGUGAAUGGGGAAAUAGUGUAAAGGGCACGACUUUGCGCAAGAGCAAGACCGACAUCGUGUUGAUACUGUUUCACACGGCAUCUGAAUUGCAGGUCAUUCAUGAGAUACAGCAGUUGGGUUCCUCUCCAGUCUUUUAUCUGGGACGACCGCCCAUGACUAUCUGUGAGGUGCAAACUCAUAUUGGUUGUUCAUUUUCUAUUCUAACACCCCCACUGGUCCAGGCUAUACCCACGUCUUCAGACGAGCGAGGUAUACAAAUCUAA